AUGAACACCACACACGUUCCAGAGCCACACAGAACAGAGCAGCACGCCGAGAACCAGCGACACUGGAGGAAGAUCCUCGGUAUUGCUCCAAUCGUGUCAAUUGCAUUCCCAGCCACCAUGUACUUCAUCUCUGACGAAGACAGUUUUGAAGAUAGCCUUUUCCUCAGAUUCAUCACAGUACUCCUCCCCUUUUCAUACUCAGCAGUACAGUAUGCCUUACUCCACACCAACUGGAAGUCACAUAACAAACCAGAGCGCAUCCUGCAAAGCAUACUCUACUACACCCUCAAUCUCCUAUUUCUUGCAUUUUCCAUCAUCUCCAUCCUUUCAAUAAUUGCAUUCACCCUUGCUGAAUGGGAAGAUGAUGAUUGGGAAAAUAAUAAUGAUCCAAUUAUCUUUUCUUUCAUCCUUCCCUCUUUCACUGUCCCACUCACCUAUCUCCUCUCCACAUCUUGCUGUCUUGUUCCAGGACAGAUCGGAUUCACAGACACUGGUAUCAACGUCCUUGUUGACAUCCUGAUACUACUAUGCUCUGCAGGAGAUUUAGUGCCUGCCUUCGACGAAGUCAAGCAUUGUUAUUACUUUGCAAUCAUAUCUUCCAUACUCAUCCUGAUACGAUUGCUCAGGGAGAAGCUCUCUCCAGAGAAACAGAGCCCUCCCCCUACUGCACCAUGGAGAAUCGCGGUCUUUGUCCUUAUACUCAUCUCUAUCGUCAUCGCUUAUGCGUUAUUAGCGUAUCUAAUAAUGAACGCAGACAUCUUCGAUAACUACUCCAUCUCAUUUGGCAAGGUGGAGAGAGCAUCCUUUCAUCAAAGCCCGGCGAAUAAACAGCUCAUCUCUUAA